GAGGACGAGUCAGGGUCAGCAGCAGCAGACUGUGGGAAUAGAAGUGUCACAUUGAGGUUACUGUGUCUGUCCAGAGGAGGAACUUCUCAUGAUCCAGGCUAGCAGCAGCAGCAUACUGCCAAAGCCCAACUUUACACCAUGGUUGUCCCAGGGUCAGAAAAACCCUUGAGCAUCUCUGACCAAGGACGCCCCAACCAACUGCACAGAUCAAAUCCAUCCUCAUCCCAACACUCUGAAAGUCGACAAAGUAUCAGCUAUAAUGAGGAUAUUUCACCACUCCACACCAGCCUCCAAUCCAAGCCACAGGAGUUAACCGAGAGAGAUUAUCUCCUUCCUGAUAAACUCUAUGGCCAGUCAAGAGUUAGUGAACAUAUCACUGCAAAUGAUGCAGGUGGAUGUGCACAUAGAGAGUCAGUCUGUUCUAUGGUGAUGCAGAUUCUGGUGCCAUUUCUACUGGCUGGGCUUGGUACAGUCUGUGCUGGGAUGUUGCUGGAUGUGGUUAAGAACUGGGAUGUGUUCGAGGAAACCGCAGAGCUUCUCAUCCUGGUCCCUGCACUACUAGGCAUGAAGGGGAACCUGGAAAUGACUCUAGCCUCUAGACUCUCCACUGCUGUGAAUGCAGGGAAAAUGGGAUCUGCCAGGGAAAAGUGGAUGUUGAUUGUUGGAAACCUGGCACUCAAGCAGCUGCAAGCCACAGUACUAGGAUUCUUAGCCUCCAUCAUGGCAGUUGUCUUGGGCUGGAUGGCAGAGGGAAAGAUUGCCUUUAACCAUGUUGUGCUUUUGUGUUCCACAAGUGUUUCUACUGCAUUUGUGGCUUCAUUGCUUCAAGGUAUCAUCUUGGUGGCACUGAUCAUAGGCUCCAAGCGAAUGGGAAUCAACCCUGACAAUGUGGCGACACCCAUCGCUGCCAGCUUUGGGGAUCUCAUCACUCUUUCCCUGCUGGCCUGCUGCAGUCAGUGGUUCUACUCUUUCUCAGACCUGUAUCCAUAUGUGCUAUAUCUGGUGGAUCUGUUAUUCUUGUGCCUGAUCCCUCUCUGGAUUGUCAUCUCCUCCAAACACCCAGCCAGUCACAUCCUGCUCCGCACAGGUUGGGAACCAAUCGUCACUGCAAUGGCCAUCAGCAGUAUUGGAGGACUAAUUCUGGAGUUGUCUGAGUCAGAUCCAAACCUGUCGGGAAUCAUAGCUUAUGCUCCAGUCAUAAAUGGAAUUGGAGGAAACCUUGUGUCCAUUCAGGCAAGUCGUUUGUCCACAAAUCUGCAUUUGAAUUUCUCACCAGGAGUAGUUCCAGAGGAGCGCAGGGGCUGCUACAACCCUUGUCGCACUUUUUUUGGUACAGGUGCAAACCAUCGUUCGGCCCAGACUCUGCUUCUUUUAGUCAUCCCAGGGCAGUUCAUCUUCUUAUAUGCCAUCUACCUGAUGAAAGGAGGCCAAACAUUGCCCAGUCCUCUCUUAACUGUCACCUUCUUGUCCGCCUCCUUUAUUCAGGUCUGUGCUCUAUUGUGUAUAGCUGACUGUUUGGUCCACUGUCUAUGGCUGAGGCGUAAGGAUCCUGAUAGUUACUCAAUACCUUACCUCACAGCCCUUGGAGAUCUUCUAGGGACUGCUCUCCUCGCUCUUGCCUUUCUCUUGCUGUGGUGUGUUGGGGACUCAGGCAGUGUAUAGGCAUAAAUGAACACAUUCAGGAAGUUCAUUAGCUAAAUACAUGAUAUACACAAUACUUUAAGAAGUUCACUUUCAGAGACAACCUGUCCAAAUAUGCAGUUACAUGUGCACAGAGCAUACAUGGGACACACACACACUAUGGGAUUUGUUUGUUGUUGGAAUAAAAUACUUAAUUUUUCGUAAUUUUGUCUCCCUGAAGUCAACGACCAUUUGCUCGGUUUUGCACACAUUUAAGAGGAGAUGAUUCUCUUAGGUUUAACAAAUACACAACACACAAAAUACACAAUCUCCAGCUAGCAGUAUUUAUAUCAAAUAUAACAAACACACUGUCAGGUUUUCAGGAUAAACAGGUUGCAAAUACAGGUAAACAACACAAAGAUUUUAAUAAAUAAAUAGGCACAAAUUAAACAUGCUUUUUUUUACCUUUGCUUAGUUUGUUUAAUUAAAGCCUGUGCUUGUUACUUUCUCAAUUUUGCAUCCCUGUCACUGUUGAAAUUUCUGUGUGUUCCCCGGGUGAGAGAAGAAAUGAAGAGUUGAGAGUUCACCAAGUUGUCUUUGUGCGAGCGGUCUGCAAAAAAGACUUCUGCCUGAAAGCAGGAUGUUACCAGGUCUUAUAGUAGAGUGCACAGGAAACAGAUGUUCAGCCUCCGCUUACUCUCCUUUGCUCAUGCCCUUUACAUGUGCGCCAUAGGUGUGAGUUUGUUGACAGUUUGUUUGGGUUUCUGAAGAAGCAAUCAUGAAUUGUUUAAGCUGUGUCACUGACAUGUUGUAAGUGUAUGUAAAUGCUUUUCCCAUCACAGACUGAAAUCCCAUCAAGUUCUUCAACAGUGGAUGGCUCUGUAAUAAAUACAAUGAUGGAAUGAGCUUUUUCUCUUUUCUAUCA